AGGGGCUUGUGAAGAGACGGUAGUCGUAACAUCUCUGCAUUUAUGUUUCUAGGCUAGAUUUUUCUAUUUUGUACAUACAUUGUUUUGUAAAUACUGUAUAUGAUGACUUCCGUGGUCAGCAAUCAAACCCGAGGGACUCGGGACAGAGCGCUGCCUGCUACCACACAAACAACACAGCCACAGAAACAGAUACAGGCCACAGCAGAACAGAUUCGUCUGGCCCAGAUGAUCUAUGACAAAAAUGAUGCAGACUUUGAGGACAAGGUCAAACAGCUGAUUGAGGUGACUGGGAAGACCCAAGACGAGUGCAUGGUUGCGCUCCAUGACUGCAAUGAAGAUGUCAACAGAGCCAUCAACUUCCUGCUGGAGAGUACCUCUGACACAAACUCCUGGGAGACAGUGGGGAAGAAACGGAGCCUGGGGAAAGAGGGAGGACCCUCAGAGAUGAAGGAAAGCAGGGAGAAGAGAGGAGCGGAGAGGGAGGCCAGCCGUGGCCGCGGGGGAUCCAACAGAAGGGGCCGGGGCUCCAGCCGGGGCCGCGAGGGUCGAUCAGAGGAAAAUGGGUUUGAGGCGACUCCUGGAGAGAGAGGGGCGGAUCGUGGACGCAGGGGAAGGGGCAGAGGAGCAGGGGGUAGAGGAAGAGGAGCGGCUGGGAACAGGUUCUCCUCACAGGGAAUGGGGACUUUCAACCCAGCGGACUACACAGCUAACUCUGGAGCGCCCCGACAGGAUACAUGGGAAACAGAUGGCAAUGAGGCUGCAGAAGGAACUGGAACAUGGAGAGGCAAUCUGGAAGAUUGGGCUUCAGAAGACUGGAAUGAGGAUUUGUCUGAGACCAAAGUGUUCACUGCCUCAUCUGCUCCAGCAAACCAUAGCACACCUGGACAGAAUGUGGACCUGUCUAGCCUACUCCCCAAGGUGGGAGGACUUGCAGGGGCAUCAGUGGAUACCGACCUGGGGGCUAUCGGGGAGAACCCCUCGGCCGAGGGUUUGGGCCAAAGCCUGGUGUUCACCAACUCCCACCACAAUGGACGCACUGCCACACACAGCUACGCACAUGCCGCUGCCAACAGCUAUGCCCACGCCGCCUCUGCUAGUACCACCUAUGCACCAUCCGCGCUGUCCUCAGUCCUGGGGUCUGGUUUUGGCUCUCUGAAUGCACCAAAGCCCAACCCUUCCUCUGACAUCAGGAUACCAGAGCAGCUCAAUGGGCUCCGGCUCAGCCAAAGAGCCAAUCAGACGGUCAUCUCCACAGGCAACAGUAGCGUUGUCAAAGAAGCAGGGCCACCCCCAGUUCAAAGUCCCGCCCCUGUUUCCUCUUCCCCUCUUGUAGAGGUCAAGCCUCAGAGAGUGGAAAAUGGCCCUGUUGCUGCACCACACUUGGAGCUGAAACUACAGCCAGAGCCAUCCGCAGUGCUGAGCCAGCUGGCUCAGAGGCAGCAACAAUCCUCCAUCCUUCCCACUGCAGAGCCCCUGGUGCUGCCCCAGGCACAUGCACCACAGGUCCCCACACCACCAGGUCAUGAGUCCUCCCUUCCCCUUGCCAGAGAAGGCGUCUCCCCUGGGGGGAAGCCACCAGGCACGGAGACCCCAAUCUCAGAACCUCCACAGAGGCAGAUAAAGACACAGAGGCGUAGAGUACCUCUUCCUUCAAAGAUCCCCUCAUCAGCAGUUGAAAUGCCUGGCUCUACAGAUGUGUCGGGUCUGAAUGUACAAUUUGGAGCACUGGACUUUGGCUCUGAAGCUGCCACUGGGUCAGUGGAUAUGGGCCAGACUGAACCAGCCAGGCAACCGGCUCCGGCUCCAGCCGCCUUCCCUGUCCCUAUACCGGUCCCCACACAGCAGCCCCAGAGCAGCCUCUUCUCCAAGCCUGGACCAGUCAGUGAACCCUUGAGCAGCUUGCCCACCCUAGUCCCAGUAGGAUCUGAUCCCAACUUCCCUUCACCAUCUCUGGGCUUGCCCAGUGCCACUCCCUCACCUUCACUGGGCCUGCCCAGCGCAGCCCCCCUGCCCUCCUCUUCCACAGCCGCCUCCUCAGCUGCUCGGGUGGAGAGCAGUGGCGCAAGGUCCCUGCCACCUCACCUGGGCUUCUCCCAGAGCAAAGACCUCCCUUCAGCAUCUCCCACUGGACCUCUCACAAAUGGUUACAGUGGCAUGAAGACCCAGAACACACAGGACACUACGUCAUCUAGAACGGUGAAGACGGAGUCUCCUGUCAUGACGAGUGACAGUGGCCCUGACCAUCACAUCCCCUCCCCUGCAGUUACACCCUCCCACUCAGCGUCCCUACCCUCUCUCAGCAGUCAUGGGACCAGCAGUCACCCAUCUGGGUCUGCUCUCGCCACAAGCUCCUCUCUAACGAUGGCCAGUGAAGAGAGUGGCAACAGCAGUCUCCAUGCCUUCGUGUCAUCUUCCAGCCAGACGGUCAACCCCAGCCCUUCCACCCCGCUGGCUGUCAGCAGUUCAACCAGCAAUGGCCUGCACCCCGCCGUAGCUCCGGGACUCACUGCGAAUGGCACCAACACCACCACAAAUACAUCACUCUCGGGUGCAGGCAGUCGCACAGCACCACUGCUCACCACCACCUCUGGAAAAGCGCCCCCCAACCUCGCCCAAGGAGUACCCCCUCUGCUGACUAACCAGUAUAUCAUGGGCCCCGGUGGCCUACUCCCUGCCUACCCGCAGAUCUACGGAUAUGAAGACCUGCAGAUGCUUCAGUCUCGCCUUCCAAUGGACUACUAUGGUGUGACAUUCCCUGGUACUACAGCUACCAUGCCUGGCAGAGAUGGCCUGGCCAACAAUCCCUACUCUGGAGAGGCGACAAAGUUUGGUAGGGCUGACUCAUCUUCUCCGGCUCCUCCCACCAGCCUCUCGACUGGUGGUGUGCAGUCACAGCCCCAGCAGGCACCCCAGGCAGGGACACAGGGUCAGGGCCAGGGACAGGGUACGGGCCAGCAGACACAAAACCAGGCCUUCCUCAACGCCCCUCUGCCUCCGGGUUAUGGAUACACUGGUCUUCCAUACUACGCCGGUGUGCCUGGAGUGCCCUCUGCCUUCCAGUAUGGCCCAACUGUCUUUGUGCCUCCAGCUUCAGCCAAGCAGCCUGCCAUGGGUCUGGCCAACCCUUCUAACCAGUACCACCAACAGCAUCAGCCUAGCUAUGGACAACAUGCAUAUGGCGCAGCCUUUGAUGACCUGUCUCAAGCCCACGGUGGGGAGUACAGUAAGGGAGGGUACGGAGGCUCUGCCCAGUCGCAGGCCAAGUCAGCGGGCAGCGGCCCAGGGAAAGCCCCAGGACUGUCGGGGUCAGGCAGCAGUGGAGGAGUUCCUGACAUGGGAGGCUCCAUCUAUAGCAAGACCCAGUCAUUUGACAAGCAGGGCUUCCACACUGGGACCCCUCCUCCCUUCAGCCUUCCUUCAGCUCUCGGGGGAACUGGUCCCUUGAACCCUGGAGGUGCACCUGGCUAUGCCCCUGCCCCUUUCCUUCACAUCCUGCCCCCCCACCAGCAGCCCCACUCCCAGCUGCUGCACCACCACCUUGCACAGGAUGGACAGGGUGGUCCUGGUCAGCGCAACCAGUCGAGCAGCAUGCAGCAAAAGACCCAAGGCAGCAAGUCAAGCUAUGGCAGCUCCCCCUACUGGGCCAACUGAGGAAUACAACCCCCCAUACCACCAACCCCCCCAAUUAUGGCUCUGUGUGUGGCGCCUCUGUAAAAGCUAAAACAAAAAAAAAAUACACACUACCCUAACUACAAACAACCCCAGGCCGCCUUGCCCCACUCCCCCCGUCUUCACAAAGUCCUCAUAACUCUUUUUUUUUUUUUUUUUUUGGUUCUCUUCUCCCCCUUUUUGAAAUUGGUUGUACAUGUAAGAUAUUUAUGUAUGUAUUUAUAUAUAUAUACUGUAUAUGUAAUAGUAGGACAUGAAAUGUGGUUGCUGCAUUUUAUUUUUGAAGGACUUUUUUUGUUUACAUUCUCAAAGCUGCAGGAAGAGACAUUGCAUUAUGACAGUCCGAGAUAAACGAUGGUGAAUGAGAAAAAGAAAAAUGAUCAGAAACUCCCUGAAAGACACCAGGAAAAGGAGAGAGCUAUAGCACUGACUGCAUAUGAGGACAUUUGGGGGGGAGGGGGUUUAAUAUUAUCUAACUGCAUUUGUUCUUUUUUUUUCCUUUUUAUACACAACUUCCUGAAUGACCUGGCUCAGCCCCCAGAUCCACAAAUAAUAUUGUAGUGACCGGGGGAGGUGGUCACUCUGACUGUCGGUAGUUCUGCGCUGGGGGAGCACAAUGGCUGAAGGGACUUAGAUUUAAAAUUGCGUUUUAAUGAUGUUGUGUUGUUGUUUUGGGGGUUCGACUCAGACUAAGUAGAAGACUGUUUACUGACUGACUAUAGGACUGUGACUCAGACUGAUGUUGCCAGUUGCGACAUUGGGGGGAUGG